AUUGGCGACGUGGUUCUUAGAAUGUUUGAUUUAUGGAAAACAUUAUUUGCAUCGGGUCCUUUUUGGAGAAAAACGAAAGCUAUCUGUUCAGAAAAUCUUUGAUACUCUUCGUUCGACAAGAGCACCAUUCUUAUUCUUUGUUUAGUUCGAUCUGGUUCGUCGACUUCGUUUGUAUUUUCUCGCCUGACGCGUCAGAAGAUGAACAGUGUUUGGUGUUGUGCGAAGUAAUGAAUUGGAUUUACACCGAAAAGUGGGAUUACUAUGGCUGGCCGGUUCUGUGAUUCAGCCGCUGGCCAAUUGGUAUAACCCAGCGUCGAUCGUCGUCCAGAACGGGGGAAAAAAUAGCGAUCGUUGGACUAAGCGAACGUGCUAGGCCAGGCACGUGUAAAUAUAUUUCGGAUGGCGAAAAUGGCGGCGGCGCCGGGCAAGAAUAAAUUGAAAAUGGGCAACGCGGGCCGAUACUACAGCGCCUAUCUCAUCUACGACGUGGCGAACUCGUGCCUGGCUGCCUUGCACGCCAAGAUGCCUCCUCCACUAGCUGUCACGCGAACCAACCCUCUGUCUCCGCACGUCCAGAACCCCCAACACUACCACAUAUUCGUAGGAGAUCUGAGCCCGGAGAUCGAGACGCAGACCUUGAGGGAAGCCUUCGCUCCCUUCGGCGAAAUCUCGGAUUGCAGAGUCGUCAGAGAUCCACAAACGCUCAAAUCGAAGGGAUAUGGCUUUGUCUCUUUUGUUAAAAAGGCGGAAGCGGAAAGUGCCAUCGGUGCCAUGAACGGACAAUGGCUGGGUAGCAGAAGUAUUCGAACGAAUUGGGCGACCCGUAAACCUCCUGCACCAAAAUCCGAAGCGAAUUCGAAGCCGUUGACUUUCGAUGAAGUGUACAAUCAAAGUAGUCCCACAAACUGCACAGUAUACUGCGGUGGAUUAACCAAUGGUCUAACAGAAGAUCUAAUGCAGAAGACCUUCUCGCCUUUCGGAUCCAUCCAAGAGAUUCGUGUAUUCAAGGACAAGGGUUACGCUUUUAUCAGGUUUUCUACCAAAGAAUCGGCGACACACGCUAUUGUGGCAGUACACAACACCGAUAUCAAUGGUCAAACGGUGAAAUGCAGCUGGGGCAAGGAGAGCGGAGACCCGAACAAUGCUCAACAAACUGGACAGGCGUUAUCGUCGGCGACGUACCCUUACUAUGCGGCGGCAGCAGCUGCCGCCGCGGCGGCGGCGGGCGUCGGAGGCGUCGGCGGUGCUGGACAGCUUGGAUACUGGUACCCACCCCAAUCUUACCCCACAACAGCGACGCAGAUGCAGGCUGGUGGUUUCUUGCAAGGGAUGCAAGGAUACACUUACGGGCAAUUCGCCGGAUAUCAACAGGCGCAAUACAUGGGAAUGGGAAUGGGCGUCCACGCCGCUGGCACGCCAGCAGGUUGGGGCCAGGGAUUACCUGGGGGACCACAGUUACCACCACACCACGCCACGACGGUCACGGCACCCCCAGGGGUGCAAGCUCCACCCCCACCACCACCACCGCCGGCACAAAUGAUGGCCUACCCGAUGCAACAGUUCCAGGCACAGUGAUCGCUACCACUAUCAUCGCACGGCCUGGCUUUUCCUUACUUUCAAAUAUCACUUUGCAUCAAGGAAACUGCAUCUACGACCUGGCUCAACCUCGAAUUCGACCAGAAAAAUGGAGACCGUGUUUAUAAAAUGGGUAUCAUCGUUUGGUAUGGAAGAACGCAAGGAAAAGAACGAACGAAAGUUUCAUUUGCACCGACUUAGUUGUUUAAAAAAAAAAAAGAAAAAGACCGAUUGAGCAUCACAGUCACAUAUUCACGUAACACCGUUAAUCUCUACGUAGUUUAUCCGUUCAGGCGAGGCAACACACGUUUCGUAGGAUAGUUUAGAAGGACUUUCGGAACGUUAAAAGCGAUUGAGGUUGAGUCACGGUAAAGGUAGAUUCAGAUCGAUCGGUCUUCGGGUGUGUUGUAAUGCAAAGGCCCGAUAACAAAGAACGAAAGAGAGAGAGCGAUAAGAAUAUGAAUUUUAAAGUUAAAAGAGAGUGUGAGUGAUAGGGGAUGAAAGAGAGAAUAGAUGUCGAGGAUAUUUCUAUUGUUUUCUUGAAAUUCGGACCAAGACUUAACCAGCGUUUGUGUGUUCAAAUGGUAAAGUGUGUUCUUGGUUGCGGUCCAGCUAGCGGAUGAGGACUGGCUGACGCCUAGCCUUCUAGUGUGAUGGUAAGCAAGUACACCCCACCGACAGGAACAACAACAACAACAACAGUUACCACCACCAUAAUCACCACAACAACCAACAACAAAAUUCUCGUCACCGUCGACGCCACCGCGACCGCAUAAGCAACAAUCUUUCCGGCUCGAUAAUCGGGAGGCAGCCAUUUUAGCAAACAACGGGAAUUCUAAUCUAAUAAUUAUUAAAGCAGAAAAGGAGGGAAACUUCCAGGCUCCCUGUAAUUUUUCACGUCCAGCCGGCAAUCUUCGAAAGAAAGGAAACUAAACCUGAGGCAUCCUCUCGUCCAGUCUCUAGAAUAGUAGUUCUCUCGGCUUGAAUUAAUAGAUAGCGUCACGGUAGUGUCGAAAGCUUCAUUAACGAAACAGGAAUUCCGGGCUACGCGAUCGUCGAUUACCACCGAAUUUCGCACGCGAUUCGACGCGACCCGUAAACUUUUAACCCGUAACCCGGAUUCAUUAUUUUUGUAGUUUGGGCUUAACAGCGAAAAGAAAAAUUGAGUCCAAGUUGCACGGGAGCUCGAGGCGGCGGUGUAUAAAUAAAUAAGGGAAGGAAGAUUCUAUAAAUCAAAGAAAAAGCAAAAAAGAGAAUUCAAACAAUUAGCUAGUUAGGUAGGUAUGUUAUAAUGAAGCGUUACUCGAGGACGAUUCGAAAUUCGGCGGCAAAGCGGGGCCAGACCUCCAGAAAUUCGACGAUCCCGCGUUCCCCGUGGGACUGUUCUUCGCGCGAACUAUCCGUGAACGUGUCUUAAUCCGCCAUUCCGCUGCGAGGACUUCCCCCUUCGGUUGUUACAUUAUAAAGCUCGAUGCCAAAAGACAAAUCACGCGCAGUCGAGGAGCCGGUUGGAUAUUUUUAUAAAUGAUCCCCCAGUGCUCGAUUAAGACAUAAAAAAAAAAAAAUAAAAUAAAUAAAAAAAAAAACCAAAAAAAAGAAAAAAAAAUAUAUGAAAGGAACCGCGGAUCGGAUGGAGCGUCCAGAAAUCGGUCGAUUCGCCAUCGUAUCGGGUCAACCCGUGGUUUUUAACUUAUACUUUAGAUUUUUAUAUAACACGCAUACCAUAGAACCAAAGAGGAAAUCUCGACUUUAAGACGCUUAAGCAAUAAAUCGUUAAGCUUAGGAACGAGAGAGGAGGCCGUUCGAUCCUGUGUCUCUCUGCUGUGAGCCACGAAUUCCCAACAACUGUAGAGGUGGAGAGAGAAGGGACGCGACGUUAUCAGCGGCUCGAUAUGGCGAGAAUCGAUCACGGUCUGCCCGACGUCCCGAAUUUCGACUCGGCCAACCAAAA